UCAACCAUGGGUUAGUCUUGUUUGUAAAUUAACAGCGACCAGUUGAGAUCGUGCCUUGGGGAUAGACGAUCUUUCCCACUACCAUCGCACCAUCACCACCGACCGCCACGAAAUUCUACCGCCAUCAAUAAGUUGCUAAUAAAAUUAAAAUAAAAAGUGAAUUUUUCCAUAUUUUGCUUUGAUAUUACCGCGUGUCGCGUCUGCGUCAGAGUCGGAGUCAGCCUCAGCGUCAUACCGGCUCGACUUUAGGUGUAAUUUUAAAGGCUCUCUAGCAAUUAUCACCAUUUUAAGCAAAUUAAAAAUUUCAAAUUGAUCGUGUCGUGGUAUCGGGAGAUUGAUCGUCACAUUUAAACAAAAAAAAGAACCUACCAAAAACUACGCCAUGGCAACGCAAAGUGAUUCAAACAUCUCUAAGAGAAAUGGUUCUGGAAAUUUCACUGCUGUCGAGCCUACUAUGAUGAAACAUUCAAUUUUGUCUAGCAAGGGCUCAAGUCCAUCCGUCAAUACAAAUGCUGCUCUGGGCAAUGGAAAAACAUCCGGCUUGGUGACGGCAGAUGACGCCAGAACGCCGCAAAUGACCACAACCAUGGAUUCAGCCACGGCGGCGGCGAUGGAAGAAACAGGCAGAGGCAACUGGUCCAAUCAAGUGGAGUUCGUGAUGGCCUGCAUAGGCUAUGCAGUGGGCCUUGGAAACAUUUGGAGGUUUCCGUAUUUGGUCUUUCGAAAUGGUGGAGGCGCAUUUUUGGUACCAUAUUUGUUAAUGGUAGUGGUUAUUGGAUUACCGAUUUUCUUCUCCGAAAUGUUUAUUGGUCAAUAUUCUGGACUAGGACCAAUUAAGGCCUACACAAACUUGGCACCAUUUUUUCAAGGACUUGGCUUCUGUACGCUUGUGGUAAUCACAUUUGUCACUAUUUAUUACAUGGUGAUAAUCGCUUGGAUAAUUUUUUACUUAUUCGCCUCAUUCUGGCCGCGUCUCUUGUGGGGCUACUGUGAUAAUGAAUUCAAUUCACAAAAUUGCUAUAGCAGCUUGGAGGAUAAUAUCUGCAAGAAAAAUAACCAGCAUAAUGAAAUGGACAUGAUAUUCUGGAAUCGUACAUGCACGAGUGUUCGAGAUAUUUGCGAGUCGAAUUAUUUGAAAGGCAUCAACUCUACAUAUUGUUUUAAUUCGACUGCAGAGGUGGAAGUUCCUGUCAGGAAAAUAAUUAAGAGAGUUUUGGCAUCCGAGGAAUAUUAUUAUCAAAACGUUCUUGGUGUUGGUGAUUCGUCAUGGUCAAAUUGGGGCUAUCCAAGAUGGCAACUGGUACUGUGUCUACUCUUAGGUUGGGCAAUAGCAUUUUUGUGUCUUAUUAAGGGUGUCAAAAGUGCUGGAAAAAUCAUCUAUUUCACGGCCCUAUUUCCAUAUGUUAUUCUAACAGCAUUAAUGAUUCGUGGAGUCACAUUGGAUGGAGCCAAAGAGGGAAUCUUAUUUUAUGUCAACCCAAAAUGGGAGACACUUACUUCGGCAACUGUUUGGGGUGAUGCUGCAUCACAAAUAUUUUACUCAUUUGGCUUGGCAUGUGGAUCGCUAGUUGCAUUUGCUUCAUACAGUCAGUUCCAUAACAACUGUCAUCGAGAUACAAUCUUUGUUUCAAUUACGAAUGUAUUCACGUGCAUUUAUGCGGGCUUUCCAGUAUUUGCUUUCCUUGGCUUUAUGGCGAAAAAUAUUGACGUACCUGUGGAUGAGGUGGUGCAGUCUGGGCCAGGAUUAGCAUUUAUAGCCUACCCAGAGGCUGUUCUGAUGAUGCCUCUGCCACAUGUCUGGUCGGUGGCUUUCUUUUUGAUGAUGUUCACGCUUGGCAUGGGCUCCCAGUUCGGAGGUAUCGAAGCUAUAUGUACAUCGCUCAUUGAUCAGUGGCCGCAUCUGAGGGACCAUCACUGGCGUGUUACGGCCGGAGUGUGUAUGGCUUGCUUUGUUGCCGGAAUACCAAUGGUCUGUAAUGGUGGCAUUUAUUUGUUUACUUUGAUGGAAUGGCACACAGCAUCGUGGGCUAUUCUACUCCUGGGACUUGGUGAGGUUGUAAUAAUUUCAUGGGUCUAUGGCAUGGAGCGAGCCUUUAACAAUAUGAUGGAAAUGGGCAUUAAUUUAUGUUCAACUGCUCGAUUUUAUUGGAGUCUUGUGUGGAAAAUUCUAACACCUAUAUUCUCAUUUUUGGUGUUCCUUUUUAAUCUCUAUGAUAUCAAACCAACUUCUUUCAAUGGCUAUAAAUUUCCAGUGUGGGCUGAUAGUUUGGGAUGGUUAAUGGGUGUAUGUACUUUAGUACCAUUCCCACUUUUUGCAGCAUAUCGCAUCUAUAAAGACGGAUGGGAUAAAGAUGUGUUGUUUUCAACAACGAAAAACUGGAAACCACAAGGAGGACAAACGGAAAAAGUUCCCCUCGAAUUAGACAAGAAAAUUUUGGAAGAAAAGGGAAUUUGCAACACUGCUUUCGAUGCUGCAUAAAAACAAGACUUAAAAGAAAUGUUAUAAAUAAAAGUAUUAGAUUAAUAAUUUUUAAA